AUGGUUUCUGUCACGUCACCCAGGGGAAUCGCCAUCCAGCGGGCUCAGAGUAGCACCAUACGCGACAGAAUAGAGCGCAUAACCGAGGAUCUGAAGGACAUCAAGAAUUUUUAUCCCAUCGAUAUCUCCCCUAGGAGGACAGAAAAGUUAAACCGGUACCUCACGUCUGAGCUCGAGUUUUUGCGCGACCUUCCAUUUGAUCAUUAUGACCAAGAUGGAAAGGUAGAUUACUUGCUUGUGAAGAACUACCUCGAAAGACAAGUCCGGCAGCUAGUACUCGAAUCCAAGCAAGACGAAAAGGCUGCACCACUUUUACCCUUUUCGGCCACUCUGAUUGAUUUAUGCGAGGCUCGCGCUUUUGUGAAACCGCUAGAUCCAAAGGAGGCUGCCCAGAAGCUCUUUCAAUCACAGGUUCAGAUCGCGGCCUUGCUUGACAAGAUUAAGAACAACACCAGUGAAUUCCAAAUUGAGAAGACAGUUGCCUUCCGAGCAGUGAAAACCACAGAUGCGCUUCGAAAAUGUCUCAAAGAAUGGUUCGAGUUCUAUAAAGGAUAUGACCCCCUUUUUGACUGGUGGGUGACGAACCCGUAUAUGAUGGUGGACAAGAGGCUGGAAGAUGUUUCACUUGGUAUACAAGAGGAACUGGUCGGCAUCCAGCCAGGAAAUGACGAGGCGAUAGUGGGCGACCCUAUUGGACGCGAGGGAUUGGUCAGUGAGCUGACGGCUGAAAUGAUUGCAUACACGCCCGAGGAAAUCGUCUCGAUCGGCGAAAAAGAGUUCCAAUGGUGUGUCCAUGAGCUCAAAAAGGCAUCGCGCGAAAUGGGACAUGAGGACAACUGGAAAGCGGCCCUUGAAGAAGUCAAGCAUGACUUCGUGGAACCAGGGAAACAAACAGAUCUCGUACGAGACCUGACACGCGAGGCAAUCUCGUUUGUCGAGGAACACCAGCUUGUCACCGUGCCGCCCAUUGCAAAGGAAACCUGGCAGAUGUUUAUGAUGUCGUCUGAGCGCCAAAAGGUGAACCCCUUCUUCCUCGGCGGCGAAUGCAUUAUCGUGUCGUAUCCAACCGAUGAAAUGGAUCAUGAAGACAAGCUGAUGAGCAUGCGUGGGAAUAACAUUCACUUCUCGCGUGCCACCGUCUUCCAUGAGAUGAUCCCCGGUCAUCACUUGCAGAUGCACAUGAUUUCCCGAUUCAAACCGUAUCGGCGUCUAUUUGACACACCUUUCUGGAUUGAAGGAUGGGCCUUGUACUGGGAGUUUGUUCUGUGGAAUGAUGCUCGAUUCAAGAAAACCCCUCAGAAUCGAAUUGGAAUGUUAUUCUGGCGGCUGCACCGGUGCGCCCGGAUCAUAUUUUCUAUGAAGUUCCACCUGGGCCAGAUGAGUCCUCAAGACUGUAUUGAUUUACUUGUCGAGAAAGUGGGCCACGAGCGUGCUACCGCCGAAGGGGAGGUGAGAAGAUCGCUGAAUGGUGAUUACUCGCCCUUGUAUCAGGCUGGGUACAUGCUAGGAGCGUUACAGAUCUAUGCUCUUCGAAAGGAAACAGUGGAAGCGGGUCAUAUGGAAGAAAAGGACUUCCAUGAUCGUUUUCUGCAGGGAAACUGCAUGCCAAUCGAGUUGGUACGUGCCUCGAUGCAAGAUCAGCCAUUGUCACGCGAAAAAACCCCAAAUUGGAAGUUUUAUUCGCUUUGA